UAGAAACAGACUGCCGCUUGUUUGUGCUGCGGGAUACGCUUCUGCGGCGAGUUCUCUAAUCUGUAACGAUAAAGAACAUUUUAAUGAAGUAACUGUUCAAUUUGGUUUUGCAAAUCAGAACGUAACUACAGACUCCGCUUUCUAGAAUGGCCGAAGAGGAGGAUGACCCUAAUUUUGAUGAAGAUUUCGACGAUGCAGGCAACGGUGUUGAAUCAGGCCACGGCAAAAGAAAGAGACUGUUUUCUAAAGAACUCCGAUGCAUGAUGUACGGGUUUGGAGAUGAUCAGAAUCCGUAUACCGAAUCGGUGGACAUUCUCGAGGACCUUGUGAUCGAAUUCAUCACUGAAAUGACCCACAAAGCCAUGUCUAUCGGUCGUCAAGGCCGUGUCCAAGUUGAAGACAUUGUCUUUCUCAUUCGUAAGGAUCCAAGAAAGUUCGCCAGAGUGAAGGAUCUUCUCACUAUGAACGAAGAGCUGAAGAGGGCUCGCAAAGCUUUUGACGAAGCGAAUUAUGGCUCGUAAUGGGAUACUGGUGGUCCUCAAAUUACCAACGAGUGGUGGUGAUAAGGGUUAAUCUAUUUUGACAGUCCCACAAACCGCCACACACAGCCAGUCACUCAGCUUCAAGGUGAUGGAAGCUCUUGACCGAGACGCAGGCAUUUAGGCCAAAUAGAAGCCUUUCACAGUUUUCCGUGCUGGACUGGUAUUUGUCAUACCAAGCCUGUUGUUCACCAUAACGUCCUUCCAACACUUUUUUUUUUUAAAGAAAUUAAAAUUUCUUCAUUUUAUUGCCAA